CGGGGCGGCCGGGGCUGCCGCGGCGCGCGGUGCCGGCCGGGCCUCGCUCGCCAUGGGGGAAGGGGGCGCCAUGGGGCGCCGCCGGCCCUUCCCCGGUGCGCCGCGGCGGCGCUGGUGGCGGCGGCAGCAGCAGCGGCAGCGGCAGCGACAGCGCUGGUGGCCGGGCCGCGGCGGAGGCGGCGAGGGCGAGGUGGCGGGGCGCGCCGCCAUGGGCCCGGCCGGGCUGCAGGCAGGAAGAUGUCCAAGCCCCGCGCGGUGGAGGCGGCGGCGGCGGCGGCGGCGGUGGCAGCGACGGCCCCGGGCCCGGAGAUGGUGGAGCGGAGGGGCCCGGGGAGGCCCCGCACCGACGGGGAGAACGUAUUUGCCGGGCAGUCAAAGAUCUAUUCCUACAUGAGCCCAAACAAAUGCUCUGGAAUGCGUUCCCCCCUUCAGGAAGAGAACUCAGUUGCACAUCAUGAAGUCAAAUGCCAGGGGAAACCAUUAGCCGGGAUCUACAGGAAACGAGAAGACAAAAGAAACGCUGCGAACGCCAUACGAAGCGCCGUGAAGUCCGAGGAGCAGAAGCUCAAAGAUGCCAGGAAAGGUCCCCUGGUCCAUUUUCCAAACCAAAAACCUGAAGCAGCAGAACCUCCAAAAACUCCAGCCUCGUCUUGUGAUUCUACCAAUGUGGCCAUCGCCAGGCAGGCCCUGAAGAAGUCUCUCAAGGGCAAACAGGCGCCUCGGAAAAAAGCUCAAGGGAAAACGCAGCAGAAUCGCAAACUCACGGACUUCUACCCGGUCCGGAGGAGCUCCAGGAAGAGCAAAGCCGAGCUGCAGUCAGAAGAAAGGAGAAGAAUUGAUGAGCUGAUCGAGAGCGGGAAGGAGGAAGGCAUGAAGAUUGACCUCAUCGACGGCAAGGGCAGGGGCGUGAUCGCCACCAAGCAGUUCUCCCGGGGCGACUUCGUGGUGGAGUACCACGGGGACCUCAUCGAGAUCACCGACGCCAAGAAGCGAGAGGCGCUGUACGCGCAGGACCCCUCCACGGGCUGCUACAUGUACUACUUUCAGUAUCUCAGCAAGACCUACUGCGUGGAUGCCACGAGGGAAACCAACCGCCUGGGCCGGCUGAUCAACCACAGCAAGUGCGGGAACUGCCAGACCAAGCUGCACGACAUUGCUGGUGUGCCGCACCUCAUCCUCGUGGCUUCCCGGGACAUCGCGGCUGGGGAGGAGCUGCUGUACGACUACGGGGACCGCAGCAAGGCGUCCAUCGAGGCCUACCCGUGGCUGAAGCAUUGACCAUCGCGCCCACUCGCCGCCCUCCCUCUUCAAGGACAAAGUGCCCUCCAGGGGAGAUGGGGUGUUUUCUUUUUCUUUUGUUUUUGUUUUUACACACUUAAUCUUAGCAGAUUACAUCAGAUGUUUUUAAAAACAAAAAAAGUAUAUUAAGAUGCCUUUUCACUGUAGUAUUUAAAUAUCUGUUACAGGUUUCCAAGGUGGACUUGAACAGAUGGCCUUAUAUUACCAAAACUUUUAUAUCCUAGUUGAUUUUGUACCUUUUUUGCAUACAAGUCAAGCAUUUGUGCUUCCGUGCAUGCAGUCAAAGACUCGGCACAGAUUUUAGAGGAAAGAGUCCAACAUGAACUAGGAAGCUGGGCGAGACCCUCCUGCCUCAGCCUCAGAGCCAGGACCCCCCCCCAACCCACCCCCAAGGACAGGCAAGGCGCUGCCCCCACAGCCUGCCCGGGAUGUCUCCAAGCUCUUGUUCUCAUGUCUAAUAGGCUCACCGUGAAGCGUAUGAAUCUUUUUUUAAAAGAAGGGUUCGCAGUAAGCUCGUCUUCCCCUCUGCUUUCUUGAAAGCUUCCUAGGCCCAGGCGCAUGGGCCAGGCAUGAACUUGCUCUUCCAUAGACUGCUGCUUUUCGGGGUCUCCCAGAGCACUGGAGAGACUCACGCUAGAGGCCGGCAGGGCUGCCCGAAUCUGGGUUCAUUCUUUAUAGAAAUGUGAACACUGAGUUUAUUUUAAAUAAUAAUAAUAAUAAAAUAAAAUAAAAAAUGGGACAAAAAAAAUUUUAAAAAAAGAAAAAAGGAAAAAAAAAAAGCCCACAGAAAACAACUUACUUGCCGGGCGUGGUGGUGCAUGCCUGUAAUCCCAGCACUCGGGAGGCUGAGGCAGGAGGAUUGCCCCAAGUUUGAGGCCAGCCUGGGCUACAUAGUGAGUUCGAGGCCAGCCUGAACUACAUAGUGAGACCCUGUCUCAAAAAAAAAGGAAAACAACUUGUAUAUAGGUCUUGAAAUGAGUGAAGUGGCUGCAUUAUUGGUUUUAAUUUUAGGGUUUGGGGUUUUGUUUUUGUAGAAGAGACUUGAGAUGGUUCUCUAUUCUAAUAAAAAAUAAAGUUUUGUAGUGGGACCAGAAAUGACUCCCCACUCCUGCCCACCCGGCACCGCUGGGUUGAGAGUUCCAGACCUGCUGUCGGGGCCUCGCGUGUGUUAGACCGCCUGGUGUCCCUGCCACAAGGACAGAGGAGCUAAGGUGGGGCCCAGACCCCUGCCCAGCCACGCAGGCACAUGGACAAGGCUCAGGGCUCACCUUGAGGGCCCGUCAGGAGCAGGUGGUUGCCUCCCUCCCAGGGGGACUGAUUAUGGAUGCCAGGGUCCUUGGGGCCCGGGUCCCCCCCUCCCGCCGGUGCUAGCGAGAGUCUUCCCUGCCCCAGCCUGGCCAGUGCCCCAGGAAGAUCCGCCCUGUCCCCACCAGAGCGCAACCUUUUGAGAGAUGAUGUCUUAGUUGUACCUGUUUGCAGUUUCGCUUUGUAUUUAAGCAGACAAACAAAAAAGGAAAUAAACUUGAAAAAAAUUUGUCAUCAUAAAAAUGAAACAAAAAUUAAAAUAUUUAUUGCCAGGCGAGGCCA